AACGUGUCUUACAUAGGAACAUAGGAGGGGAGAUGAGCCCCGGCAUCUUGUUUGACUAGAUGGUUUUCUAAUGGAACCCCCUUCGUAUGAGGAGGCCAGCCACCAUCCUCCUGCUCACGGCACAGAGGGCUUUAACUGUGUUGCUCCACCUGCUUACGACAACUCCUUGUUUUCUCCCUCCACACCUCCUCCAGCCUAUGGAGAAGCAAUCCAGCCAGAUCUUUUUCCUAUCCUAACUACACCCACUGUGCCAACUGUUGUGAUCCCACCACCAUACAACUCUGGGGUCACAGUCCAUCCCCUUACUCAAGUUGGUGUUGGUGUCAACAGCAGACAAGCUCAGACUGUAGUAGUAGUGUCCCAGCCGCAGCCUGUCGCCAUUUCAGUGCAGGCUCUAAGAGAUGCUCCUGGUCUGGUACGCUGUCCGCACUGCCGACACCUCGUCACCAGUAAAGUCACAUACUCACCUGGGACUGCUGCUUGGUGUGCAUGUAUUUUUAUUGCUUUGAUGGGGUUGAUCUGUGGAUUCUGCCUGAUCCCACUGAUGCUACGCGGACUACAGGACGUGCAUCAUUCCUGUCCACAUUGUGGAAGGCACCUGCAUGUUUAUACGAAAUGACACCAUCGGGAUUCAUAAAGCAGCUGCUUUUUCAGCUACUUCAAGUGUUCACAACACAUUUAUAUGGCAGUACAGGGAAAUUCAUGAAUAAAACGGUAAGCAGCCCACUGUGAUUUAAGUGUUAGGUGAUGUUUGCACAGCAAAGAAUGAAUGUGGAGCUAGACAGACAGGCUAAUGGAGAACUUUUUAGAAGAUGUGAACAUUUCGACUCUUUUCUGCUGUAUCAACCUAUCACAGUUGGACACAUUUAAACUCGCUCUUUAAACAUACAGGCAUGAAAACUAAUAAAAUACUUCAUAUUACUUAUUUAUGAUAUUAGACAGCAAGAUAGUCUGUGGGUUUACGAGCUGAACAUUUUGUGGAAUUCUUUAAAAGUAUUUUUAGUGUUGUCUACAGCCUAAAACAUUGACAGACUAAUCAGGAAAAAGCCUAAGUGUUAACUGUUCUGAGUUUUGCACUUUCGAAUUUUCUAAGGGGUGUUAAUUAAUAUGUAAUAAGGAAGAGAGUCACUUUUCAUCUGCUCCAAUUGAAGCAGAUGGCAAUGAAUUUGAGAACUCUAUUUUAUAUAUAUCGCAAUAUAAGUUUUUUGUAUAUAAUUAUGAUUUUUUUUCUGUAUUUCUUUGUCAAUGUUUAUGAUUAUUUAAAUUACCAAACAAAUCACUAUAGGAACCAAGUAAAACAUGUUUUACAUCAUUUGUUGUACAAAGUCUUUUCGUUAAUG